AUGAGUAGUGAAAAUUCCGCCGAGUCUGUUGCUGCUUUCCGAUCCACAAAAGAUUAUCAAGAUAUCGAAUUUGUGAAUAUCAGAUUCACACGACCCAACGAUGCAUCAGACGGCGAUUAUGGUACCGCUCUAUACUUGGAUAAUCCUGUCAAGCUGUCCGUCAAGGGUUGUAUCUUUGAGGGGUUGAGAUCUCCUCUAAAUGGUGGUUCGGCAAUAUACGUCAAGACUCUCACCGACACGUCGAACUUUGAUGCUGACACUAAAUUUAUUGGCAACCGGGUUGACUCCGGUGGGUGUAUCCCUCCAGUAUGUACUCCAGCAGGUUGGUCAACGGGAGAAGUAUGUCCAGAUAAGUGUUGGGGCGGGGGCGGAGCUUUAUGGAUUGGCUCUUGCUUUGGCAGUACUGUGAUCAACAUUAAGGCUGAUUUUGUAGAAAACGUGCACGAGUUCGCUCAUGGCAUGGGAGGCGCAUUGUUCAUAGACUAUAUGCAGUGCAAGUUGAAUAUCAAUGGAAACUACGAGAGAAAUAGUGCAUCAGAUGGUGGGGCGAUACAUGUUGAGGGUGUGAUAGCGGAUGGUGUCAUGAAUGUAGACGCAACUUUUACUGACAACUUAGCUCCAAAUGAGCUUUUCGACCCAAGCGAAACGCAGUUCGGGGCACGAGGGGCAGCCGUCAGAGUAAGGGAUGUUGGGGAAGAUUCAAAAGUCAACAUCAAGGGCAAAUAUACUGGGAACAAAGUUGAGGGUAGAGGUGCGGUUUCGUCUUUCAAUCAUAUCUCCGGCAACGUAGUUUUAGAUGUAGAUGCUCGCAAUAAUGAAGCCAUGCGCGGCGCGAUAGCAUCUAACUGGAGAACUGUAACGGGAAAGUUCAUCAUCCUUGCGGAUUCCGUGAUAAAAAACAACGAGGCGACCGAACGACCGGCUAGCCAGAUUCUAGACUUUCCCGGAGUAUCGCUUCAAUUGAAUGGGACCCAAUACGACGCAGCGACAGCAGAUGGAUCGAAUUUUGUCGUGUCGGAAGAUUUUAUAUCACAAGCGUGA